UAUUAAUACUAGUAAGUUUUCCGGCUCAUUCACCAAAUGCCACAACCGAGAUAACAUUACGAAGCGAAUAGAAAAAAUAAACCUGUCAGGAUGACAUUAGAUUUCGGAUAGAACAAUAAAUAUUAUUAGCAUGGAAAUUAUUUUAUGCGCAAGCUCACAGGUCUCCAUGAAGUAUUACAGAUGAAAAAUAAUCACAGGUAAACGAAUAAAACGGAACAUUGCGAAUCGUUACUUUUGCGGAAGAUAUAAAACCAUGUAAAACAUAUCUUUGUAAAAUAUACUGCACUCGAAUAAUUAUACAUACGUCGAUUAUCACAAUUCACAAUCAUAUGAAUUACCGGUAGAUGUCUCAACCUCGACGCUGCUUCUUUCAUCAAGAUUUUUAGUUCGAAGGUCGGGAUAAAUCGCUUGUAAAAAUGAAUUUCAUCGCUGGUCGAUCAAACUUGGGUGGAAUUGUCCGAGUCGCACAGUUUCCCCACAAGUAUCCAAACGGUUACAGAGAUGUAGCAAAAAUUUGGAACGCUACCCAGACGCUGUUACAAAUUGAAAACAGCGAUUCCAGAUGUACUUGCAUGCGUUUGUAUUCGAGUCCGGCGCGUAGACCAAAUUUUUUUUCACAAUUCGUGGACAACAUCAAACAAGAGAUGCAAAAGAAUAAAGAGAUGAAAGAGUCGUUGAAAAAGUUCCGCGAAGAAGCUGAAAAGUUGGAGCAAUCCGAGGCUCUGAAAUCAGCGAGAGAAAAGUUUCACAGUGUUGAAUCGGAAGCUAGUAAAAGUUCAGAAGUAAUCAAGGAAAAGCUGGACCAUCUAAAGGAAAAGGUUCAAGGAGUGUUGGAAGAAGCCAGUAAAUCGGAAAUUGGUAAGAAGGCGGGACAACUAGGCGAAGAAAUAUCACGAACAGCCAAAGACGCAGCGGAAACACUUUCCGAAAAAGGUCAAGCCUUUGGAAAAACUGGUGCGUUUCAAACGAUAUCACAGACUGCGGAGGCUGUUCGUAAAGAGCUUGAUCAUCACGGCAUCCAAGGCCGGGUUUAUGUUCCACCUAAAAAAUUAAGGAAACGGAAAGAAGUGCCCGACGUAGCUGAUGAAAAACCUGUCGAAGCUAACGAGGAAGCCACCGGUGUCGAGCUCCAUAAAGACUCGAAAUUCUAUCAAUCCUGGCAGAAUUUCAAGGACCACAAUCCGUACGUUAACAAAGUUUUGGACUGGAAAAUAAAAUACGAAGAAUCCGACAACCCCAUGAUCCGAGCGUCUAGGCUGCUUACGGACAAAGUGACGGAUCUCAUGGGAGGACUAUUUCAAAAAACAGAACUUUCGGAAACGUUAACUGAAAUCUGCAAGUUGGAUCCAAGUUUUGACAAGGUCAAGUUCCUCAGAGAUUGUGAAACGGAUAUAAUUCCAAACAUACUCGAAGCAAUGGUAAGAGGCGAUAUAGAACUUCUAAAAGACUGGUGUCACGAAGCCCCGUUCAACAUUAUAUCGCAGCCUUUGACGCAAGCAAAGAAACUAGGGUAUUAUCUGGACAGCAAAAUCUUGGACAUUGACAACGUUGAUCUCGCCAUGGGUAAAGUAAUGGAACAGGGACCAGUGUUAAUAAUUACCUUCCAGUCGCAGCAAAUAAUGUGUGUGAGAGACAGUAAACAUCAAGUAGUCGAAGGUGAUCCUGAAAAGGUUAUGCGAGUGAAUUACGUUUGGGUAUUAUGUAGAGACCCUUCGGAACUGAAUCCAAGAGCAGCGUGGAGACUGUUGGAUUUGAGUGCUAAUAGUGCGGAACAAUUUGUGUAAUUUAGAAGCCAUUAAAAAUAAUCAUUGAAAAUUUGUUAAAGAUCUUUUUCUUUCAGCGGAUUCAUGACAUUUUAUUAUCGCUUCCGUUGACUGAUGAACAAUUCCGGUCAUAUGUACAGUUAGAAUGAAAGAUUCUUUUUUUAAUCUUAAACACAUUAUUGUGUUACAAAUUACGACUAUGACUUGUAAAUAAUUGACUUGCUCCACAGAGAGCCUCUAAAAGAUCUCUCCGCAAGUUAUGUAAAUUAUAUAGAAAAAUAUCUGAAUUUAUUUAUUAAUUAAUUAGUCCGGGUUGUACGCAAACCGAUUGAUUAAUUUCAUCAGAAAUUAUUUGUCUGUACAAAACGUUUCAGAAGCGUGAAAUCAGAACCUGAAUAUUUUUAAAUGUUAAAUAAAUAAUACAAAACCAAAAAA